AUGGGGGUGGACUACUACAGGGUGCUGGGCGUCGGCCGCGGCGCCACCGACGACGAGCUCAAGAAGGCCUACCGCCGCCUCGCCAUGAAGUACCACCCCGACAAGAACCCCUCGCCGCAGGCCGACACCCUCUUCAAGCAGGUGCUCAGCGCCCCGCAGAAGCGCGCCAUCUACGACCAGUACGGCGAGGAAGGCCUCAAGGCCGGUGCGCCCCCGCCCUCCGCCUCCACGCACGGCCCCGGCGCCGGCGCCGGCCUCCACGGGUUCCGCUUCAACACGAGGAGCGCCGAGGAGAUCUUCUCCGAGAUAUUCGGCGGCGGGUUCGCUGGGGCAGCAGCCCCCCGUACCCCCGGCGGCGGCGUUCCGCCCGGGUUCCCGAUGUUCGGCGGCGCCGCUGGGCCAGGGGAGGCGUCGAGCGCGCCGGUGCAGAGGAAGGCGCCGCCGAUCGAGCGGCCGCUGGCUUGCACCUUGGAGGAACUGUACAAAGGGGCCACUAAGAAGAUGAAGAUCUCCAGGGAUGUCCUUGACGCCGCCGGGAAACCAAGAAAUCGUGAGGAGGUCCUGACGAUAGAUAUCAAGCCUGGAUGGAAGAAGGGUACAAAGAUCACCUUUCUUCACAAAGGCAACGAGGCUUGUAAUGUUGUACCAUCAGAUCUGAUUUUCAUAAUAGAAGAACGGGUGCACCCCAGGUUCAGGAGAGAUGGGAACGACCUUAUCUACACUCAUAAGAUCUCUCUAGUAGAGGCACUGACGGGCUGCACAGUCCAAGUGACGACUCUGGAUGGACGAACCCUGACUAUUCCUGUGAAGUCAGUUGUCAGUCCUACUUAUGAAGAAGUUGUGCAGGGUGAAGGCAUGCCGAUCACAAGGGAGCCGUCUAGAAAGGGGAACUUGAGGUUCAAGUUUCAGAUCAAGUUCCCCACUAGUCUAACAGAAAGAAAAGAUGUCGGUCGUCGCAUCGGCGAUCGUUGUCAGGGCAGGAUUGCAAUGCAAGGGAAAAAGCAGGAUGGUGAUCUUCCUGGCCGAGCUUUAUCCGAGCGGGAACGGGUCGUCGUCGCAGGUUCUCUCAGGCCUGAGGUCGAUGUCGGAUUCGUUGCCGGAAUCCCCCGUGCUCCCUGA